AUGCAUUACAAUCAGUUCAUUUAUUCGCGCGAAAGGCGUCGAUUUGGACGGCAAUGUUUAUUCAGCGAUCGCACGCAACUAAUGUUUAGCAUUAAUCCCAAUAUGAAACUGCGUCGUAAUUACAUAUUACGUAAUCCCGUCAACACAGGCACACAACUAAGCGAUCAGAAAGCGUUCAGCAUGAUAGAAACUGAAAAUGUUACAUAUGCAGAGCACGGCAUGUAUCAUUAUGAGGGCGGCUGGCCGAAAGAAGUUAAUAUUAACGACGAGGAGUCAACAUUGAGAUAUCGGAAGAAGAUUGAACGUGAAGAUGCUUGGGGACAACAGGUGAUAACUAUGAUCGCUGAUACUACGGCAGUCAUAGAGCAAAACAAUGCCGUAAACAUCUAUCAAGAAUUUUUUAUAGACCUACCGGCUGAAAUAUGCGAACAGAUCCGGUUUGACUUUGAGUCUAGACAAAAAAAUAUUUUCCAUGAUCCUUACACACCACAUCGUCCGAUUUCAGUGAUCGAUUGGGCCCCAAACGACGUGAAGCGGUUUUUGGUCCUGCAUACCAACAUACCUUUGAACAGAUUAGAAGCAAUUGAACGCCUUAAAACUCCCAAAGCUAGGACUGUAAAAUUUGAAGGUCGUUUGGAAUCUACAGAAGGCAAUAAUUUUUACAUAUGGGAUUUGGAAAAUCCUUUAAAACCUAUGGUGGACUUUACGAGCACCGAAAUUGUACGUAAGACGUUCUACUGCCCUAAAGAUGAAAACUGGAUAGCUGGAGGAUUACAUUCAGGCAAAGUUUGCCUAUGGGAUGCGCGUACUGGAGGAGCUCGUGUUUGUGCUUGUCCGCUGGAGGCAGCUCAUCGCGAGGCAACGUCGGCUGUAUGUUGGGUUCAUUCCAAGACUAACACCGAGUUUUAUACGGGUUCUUUAGAUGGCUCUGUAAAAUAUUGGGAUGGUCGCGAUAUGGAAACCCCUAUACAGGAGAUAUUGCUAGAUCCUGUUUUAACCGAUUCCCAGUCGCGAUCUAGAUCCCACGGUGUGACCGUGUUGGAAUUUGAGUACACAAUUCCAGUACGCUUUAUCAUUGGCAGUGACAUGGGCAGUAUAUUUGUGGGCAACCGUAAGGGUAUGACGCCUUCGGAAACCCUAGCUGCGGGCAAUUAUCGAAUAUUUAGUGGUCCCAUACGCACAAUCGAGCGUAACCCUUUCUUUGUGAAGAAUUUUCUAAUAACGGGUGAUUGGUGUGCUAAAGUUUGGGCCGAGGAAUGUAAAGGCUCGCCCACUACUUUACUUAUAAAAAAGAAACAUGAAAUAUUUUGCGGAACGUGGAGUACUAUGCGCUGCUCACUCUUUGUAACAGGUGAUGCCAAGGGCGAAUUGGAUUUUUGGGAUCUUUUGCUGCACCAGCGCAAACCCAUUUUCACCUUCAAAUUUUCGCACGCCAUCCUUUGUGCCAAAUUUCGUCCAGAUGGCGAAUACUUGGCGGUGGCUCUAAGCAAUGGUGACAUACAAAUUUUGGAAAUGGAUCCUGCUUUAAAACACAGUACUAGCAAAGACAAAGCUUUAAUUGCAGCAAUGUUCGAACGUGAGCAAUUGCGCUGUAAGCUGCUGGACGGACGUGUGGAAGAAAUAAAACUGAGGCGAAAAACCGAAGCAGUUGACGGAAAAAAAUCAGCUUUCGCUAAAAGAGAGGAGGAUAUUAUGAAUCCCGAUGAUCCGGAGGAAUUUCUACGAAUUAUAACAAGAGAUACUGAAUUCAAAGAAGUACUCAACACAUUCCAAGAUCAAGUGUAUAAAGUCGAUAAAAAACGUCAGGAACGUGAAUAUGUCAUGGAGCGGACUGAUUUCGAAGCAGACUUCGACCCUUCUGAGACAGAACCCAAAUCGUAG